CAAAGAAAUAAUACAAUUUUUAUUACUUGUACUCACUCAAAUAAAGCAGAUUAGCCGUAAUAGAUGCAAUGAGUGAUGGAUGUUUCAUCAGACAAUAAACAUUGAACUUUGUGGAUGAGUAAUAAUAAUACAGUACGAUUACGUCAUUUGAUAUUUGUGAAAAUUCAUAUCUUUAUGUUAAACUUAUCAAAUUUCCUUCUACAUUUUGAUAAAAUAUUAUUAUUUCGAUUAAAGGAUUGAUGAGAUAUGGCAACGCAACACGUGGGUCAAGGGGAGGUUCUCUGGGGAAAACCCAGGAGAGAUCCUGGGCAAGCAGUUUCUGAUAACUUUACGAUAUCGAAGAUUAAUACGAAAUGUAAAACAUCGUUAGUUAAAAUAUGUCGUAGCAUUUACGACAAAACAGGAGAAACUGGUAACGAGUGUCACGUUACUAACGACCGUUUUCGUUUUAAUAGAGCCAAUUGGAUUCUUAGUGACUUUUUUUUUAGUGUGUUUUCUCCACGAAGAAAACCCGGAAAACCUCACGUGACCAGCCGUUGGGCAGGUCACGUGAGGUUUCCGGCCGUUGGGCAGGUGAGAACCCGCGGUGUUCGGUGGUUUUAUCCACUCGGCCAAUGGUAGGCUUGUGAUUAAAGACACAAACACGAAUCUUCAUUAGUCUACAUUAAACAUCAAUUUUGGGAAAAGAUUAAGUUUUUAUUCAGUUUUGAUUUUUAAAAAAAUAUCUAAAAACUGAAGAUAAACUAUUAUUAUUUAUAUACUUAGCCUAUAUUUCGUUCUGAGACUAAAAGUAGCACCCUACCGAUGGGAAAGCCUCUUCUUGUAAUAAGAAAUUUGAUAUUAUACCUGAUAGUUUGCGUGAUUAUAAAGAAAAGGCAAAUGCGAUAGUGUGAUACUUAUUUAAAUCUAAUAUGGAAAUAGGAGAAGGUUGGACCGAGUAUAAGUGAGAACAACAACACUGGACAAGCGAGCACAACGAUUUAAUCGCGUCGUUAUUCCAACUUCCUGUCUUUUUUCCAUUGUCUAGAUCGAUUCGUUCGAUGAGGCUAGUUUUAUAUAGAGAGAUAUUCCUUUGGAUUUUCUGUUUCCAUUCCUACAGGUUCUUUGAUGGUGCCCUUGCGACUGAAAGAUCAUCCGCUCAGUAUGAAAGUCCCAGAUAAGUUUGCCGGAUUCUAUUCGAAUUUGGUUUUUAUUUCUGUGAAAUUUAGUCGUUAGUUCCAUAAUAAAUUUUGAGAUGUAUAGUUUUUACGAUAAAUAUAUUUUUCACAGUUAAUUUUGUAGUAGAUAGUGUAAAUGUUCUUACUAAAAUGUGUGUCUUACUUUCUUGCUCUCUAGACAACAAUGGUUCAAAUGAAAGUAUCGAUGUUCUAAUUGAUUAUUAUUUCGAGUAUUAAGAAACGUCUGUUAUAUUCUUCUACAGCAUAAUUGCUAUUGAUUUAAAACAGAUCUCCUGUAGGAACGUUUAAAUUUUGAAUAUGUAACAGGAAAAAGCUGGACUUUGUCCCGAUACUUUCUCGUAAUGGCAUCUGUUUAAGUUGGUAUCUUUCGGCAUGAUUUAAAUUACAUUUUAUCUUCUAUUUUCUCUAACGGUCUGUGUCUACGCUUGUGUAAAUAUUUCCCGUUGAUAACAGCUUCGUUUCAUACUCAUUGCACGUUACAGUUGAAAUCUUAAUUUUGUUGAUUAAAUUCUAUAUAUAUAUACACACACACACAAGGAGUGGCCUAACCUUGUCACUAUAGGGGCCAUACACUGCCUAUCAGAAAUACACGAGCCGCAUUUGGAAUGCCUAUUAGAGAGCCUCAUCUAUUUACAGUAUAAAUAUAUGAUAUAGUUAUCACUGUUACUUUACUAGUAAUUUAUGACUAAGUAAAUAAUCAUUUAACUCCUUCGGCUCUAUGAAUGUUCCCUAAGCUUUCAGUUGUUUUUUCGAAGUUAAACCACCAUUCAGGUUUAUAUUUUAACGGAGUAUAAUGUUCCUUUUAUAGUUGAGCAAAUGAAAUUUGAAGUAAACAUUUCUUUUCCACUUAAGCAUCUAAAGAUACUUUAAAUUAAAGUAAAUUUGAUUAUUUUUGAAGAAAUUCUUUUAUAUAACGUACACUCCUUACAGAUAUAUAAUAUUUCAAAUUGUUUAAUGUUACAGAUUCAAUACGAUAUUUAUAUUUUUCUUGCAUAUAACAUAACACCUUGAAUAGAAACAACGUUAAAGGAGAGGGGAGACGAAGUUCGCCGCAUCUUAUCCAAUUUCAUUGUGAGAGAAUUUUAUAACCAAUUAAGAAUAAAUAUCGCUUCUAAUCAACCAAUCAGUUGUUUUCUGUCGACAAUAGAGAAGUAAUUUCAAUUCUCUCGUGUUAUCGACAAUGCAGUAAUUCCACUCUUGUUCUUAGGAUAAGAUUUUUUAAAAUUUCUUACGGUAAUUCUACGUUUUAAUCUUCACAUUUGUUACUUGGAAUUUAAGAGGAAAAUGAGUGAUGGCUGGCGAAACUGUGAAACCAAAUUUGUAUCUGCCUCCGAGUAUCAGCCCCGCGAUCGUUGCCAAACUCAUCAUUCAGAUUUUAGAAUGCAAGAGAUCAUCCUGUAAAUGCGAAACCAGCAAAGAAAUAUUGCAUUUUGCAAUGAAAAUACUUCUGAGCGAAGAUGACUCUUCUCUUUAUUCGGACCAUAAGUUUCGUACGAUCACCAAAUUUUCUUCGUGCCUGCGCACGAAGAACGUUGCCACACAAACGAGACGUUGGAAACGUAAUUCUUGUACCAUUCAGACUGACUCAGAAACUGUGAUACCAAAGAAAUCUAUUUCUGUACAGACCGAAAAAACACGAUUCAAGCUUCUUCAGAGCAAAAUCAAACAGCGAAUUCCGAAUGGUUCUACUAAAUCAGUUUCCACGCAAGCUAAUUUAUUAGAAUUUGUAAAUGUGGCUAAUAAAGAAAAUAUCGAAGACAUAUUCAAACUGCAAGAUGACAUGGAAGACAUCAAGCAUGUAGAAAACAGCGAUGACAAGAUGUAUUCCGAGAAAAGUCCCAAAAAAGAGAAAAACAACAAAAGAUUAUCGAGAGUAAUAUAUUUUCAUGGAAAGAAAUUAAUUGAAAAGGGUAGUAAAAAAUCUCCGUUUCAUAUACCUCUGAUAUGUGACAAAGAUACGGAAUUAUCCGAUCCAAGACUGAAAAAUAGAGAUUGUUUAAAAUUGUGGAACUCUUCGGCUUUGUGGAACGUAUCGCAAAAGGACGAAGAGACAGAAAUGCAUGUACAGAAAUUGAUUAACGAAGAAACUAUCGAAACAAAGGUUAAAGAAGUAAUAAAUAUUUUUCCGUUGGAUUUGCACGACGAAGUAGGUUCUCAUUCGUCCAUGGGUACAACUGAUUCAGACAUCGCCAAUUACGUUUCACGGAAUAAGAGUGAAUGUGUUAAUAGAUCUCACGAUAAAGUUACUUGCAGUCCAGAAGACUGUUAUAGCAAGCUAAACGAAAUUACAAAUAUUGAUUUCGAUAGGGAUUUGGAAAAUGACGAAAAUCACGAGACAAAAGCAAAAAUGCUAGACGAAGAGUUCGACGUAGUUAAUUUUACCAUGAAAAAUGUGUGUAAAGAUCCACGACUUAAGGGGAAAAAUUGCCUUUAUAAUAGUAGCAACAGGAAUGGUAAUAUUGUGGCAGCAACGAAUAAAUCGCGCAGAGUCACAAUUACAGAAGGAAUGCCAUUACAAGGAAUCUCUGCAGAAGCUCAAAAGGUUCAACAUUUGGACGAAUGUUUUUGCAACUGGGCACCCAGACAAGCCUGUCCUAGUGAUCCGAGAAUUAAACUUCGGUGUGGAAACGUGAAUUUAGAUUAUCGAAAUCCGAAAAGAGACAUCUCUUACAAUAAUGCAGAAUUACCUCUUAAGAAACAGAAAAUCGACUACGAUCCAGUUGAGAACGAACUAUUUUCGAGUACAAAAGCCGAAGAAAUUCGAACGCCUCAGAGCGCCACUCCAGAAUUCUCGCCUGCAAGUACCGAAAGUGUGUACGAUUCUAUAAAACUCCAAGAAAAUAAUAUCAAUGGAAAAUUGGAGAAAAACUCGUGUUUUCACGAGACUGUUUCAGAAGCUACUUCACGCAAGAUAAACGAAAUAGAAGAAAAACUUGGCAUUAAAGAUCGAAUAUGUUCAGAAAGUUUUCAGCACAGUUAUUUACGCUUAAACAACGAAAAGACGAAUCAUAUACUAAGCAACAAAGUUUGUGAUUCGACAGAGCGCCAGCAUCUGAAGCUCUCUCCUGAACGGCUUAAUAGUUCACCAGUCUCUACAAUAAGUUCCAUAUCUCUCAAUCAACAAUCAGAAAAUUUAAAUAAAUUUGAGGACUUUGAUUCAAAAUGUUCAAAUCUUCACGAAAACGAAAGUUCCUUCAAUGAAACAAAGUGCUCUUUGAAAGAAGCUAAUUUUAUAAAUAUCGAGAAUGGUGAAAAGGCUCAAUCCAUGUUGCCAUACAAAAUGGAAUAUUGCGUUAACUUGUGCAAAUUAAAUAAAAACACAGCGAAAGUACAGAAAGAAGUUAACAAAGAUGCUAGUUCUGAUGAUUAUUCACAACAUGGCAUCUAUUUAAAUGAAAGGCACGAAUCUGAGCAAACUUUACAAAAGGAAUGCAGUCUGAAAGAUGUAAACAAAGUUUCGUAUCAGAAACCCAACACUCUUAAUUGCAAAAGAGAUUCUCAAGAUUCUGGAAUAUCGGAACACAACGUUGAUAAAGAAAGCAUCGAAGUGUACUCACCAACUGACGAACUGAGUAUGUGUAGCGACAUGGAAGUGUCUUAUACUCCACCGGUCCAACCGUCAUCGCCGGAUAGAUCACCUUUAUUGAACUUAGAUUCUGAUAAAAAUUCUGCCGUUGAUGCUGAAAAGGAUACUACGGUCUCGAUUAAAGAAUUAUCCAAUUUUGAUAAAAUUCCUGAAUAUACCACUCAAGAUAUCAUCGAAUCUGCAAAUGCGAAACCGAAACAACAGAAAGGAGAAUCCGAAAUGAUUCAGAAUUACGCGUUUAUGAAGAACUGGAUGAAUUGUAUGCCACAAUGGUUCCAGCAACAAUCAUUAUCUAACUAUUACAAAUGGUAUAGAGACGGUAGCGAGGUGCCUACAAUGCACUACCAGACAUUUUAUCCGCCUUACUCAAGCAAUUACUUAUCGGAAUGGAUAUGUUAUCCUUGGUGGAAUGGAAAUGCAGCCGGAUGGCAUUGACGAAGAUUCGUACACUUUAUAAUGAGGCUCACAUUUCACAUUGGUGGAACACUGUGACAUUUGUACAAAUCAUCUGAUUUUGCUCAAUCAUUUCUUGUGAUAUAGCUUAGAUAUCAUCGAGUUCAUAACAAUUGUUAAAAGAUAUCAACAAAUUCUUCUGUACGAAGAAGUAUUUAAAGAGGGGCGUAGAGAAACUUUUUAUAUUUUGCUACAUGAAGGAGUUAGAAGAAUUUUAUCAGACAAGAACGGCACUCUCAGUUUCUUCAUUAUGUUUUUAUGACAUUAUAUAUUUUAAGAAAAAAUACUUUCUGUAGUUGUUUUAGGAGUAAUUUCACCUUCGUUCGUUCGUUUGUUUUUGUAAUCCAGUUUCUUAUCCCAAUGUACAGUACAUACAUAAUAUAGCAGAUGUAAUAUUGUA